GGGGUGCCAGGAUAUAUGCUACAGGAAACAUGGAGGGGAAAAGCCCCAAACCCGGGAAGAAGGUGCUAUUGAAAAGCCACAGUAUGCCGGAGUCGAAGUUUGCAGCCAAGAUUGCGGAGAUGAGAUCAGAGGAUACGGAGGGAGGGUCCGAAGCCGGGGGUGACGGGGUAGCGACAGGCGACGAACCAUCAACAGCAGAGGAUGACACUUCAGAGAAUGUUGACAAGUUUUCGGUCUCGUUUGAGACGUAUAUGGAGGAAAUGUCACGAACACACCAGCGGAUGUCAAGACUUAGCAAAAGGAAAGCAAAGUCAGGAAGGUCGAAAACUGUCAGCUCAGCUCAACAGCAGAGUUACGCCUUGGGUCACCUAGAACAGCUUAUCAAGAUUAUGGAGCAGAUUGCAGUUAUCAAAGAGCAGAAUGGUAAGCUGAAGAAAAGGAUUUCCUUCCUUGAGGACAUGAACCGAAUGUAUAAAAUGAGGAGUGAGGUUCUGGCUCUGACCUGUCAAUGUGGGGCCCGGAGGCCUAAACCAUCUGUAAAGAAAAUAAACAUUCAGACUAAGCCACAGAGCUCCAACGUUUCCAAGUCCAAACAGUCUGAGCCUCAGACGUCCUCCAACACAGAUGAGAAUAAACUGUUAGCAAGAGAAGAGAAGAGGGCCAGCAGAGAAGAUGGGCCGACCAGGCGGAAGUUGGGUUAUAUCAGAAACGCCAAGAAGCGGGAGAGGAGCAAGUCUGUUGGUGUUGUGUUAGAUAGGGAGGCAUUUCGUGAGCUACGGUUGGGGGAAAUGGGAAUGAAGGGCCUGAAAGAGCGAUGGGACAAGCUAAAGGGAGCUGUCCAAAACAGGAGGUCUGUUUUUGUACCAGACAAGAACAGUGACAAAGGUGAGAGCGAGAGUGAGCAUGAAAAGCAGUUAGAAAGUAGACGAAGGGUCUCCAGGCCAGAAAAGACUAGACAGCACGAGAGUCCAUCCGGAGAGGUUUCCGAUACAAAGUCUGUGGACAGUGGAUGUGCACAUCUGUCUGAUGAUGCAUCUGCACAUGGCACUGCAGAACGGCAUAGACAACUACUGUCUGUCAACAACACCUCGGUGACGGUACACACGGAUCCUCUGCGGAAGAAGAAGUUUGAGUUGAACAAGCCUGCCAGUUCGGUGCAGGUGCCACAGGCAGGAAAGCACUCCGAACCUGGUGAGAAGACGGUUUCUCCUCCAGAAAGGAGACGUAAACUUGGUCGAGUGUCCCUGCCUCUGCCUGAUGCAAGUGCCAAAGUCUUAGAAGCAUCAGCCAUGUCUUCUGGGGGCCAAGACUGUCCUGAAGGUGAGGAUGCCAGACAUAGGAAGACUUCCCCGUGGGGUAAGGUGCGAAGUGCGCUGCUUCAGAGAAAGGAGAGCAUCAAGAGACGGCAACGAAAGGAGAGUGCCGAUGGAGGGAGUGCCCCUGACACCCCCAAAGAUGGAAGGUCACGGUCUGUGUUUGUCAGGCGGAGGGACUUAAAAGUACGCCAGGCAAGGUCUCGUUCGAUGUACAACCCUGGAGACCGAUGGCACAGCGAGACUCCUAGUCCGGGAAAAUUCAGAAAAACCUACUCUAAAGAUGAUAUUGAACUUGACGGGAAGAAAAAUGAAACUUCACCUGUUAUUUUACAACAGGAGACAACUUCGGCAAAGGGCAAUAUUAGCAAAAACAAGAGUGGUUCUCAAAAUGGAGACCAGCCCAAAACUGAGGAGGUGGUGCAGAAAUCAGUAGAAAACAAGGAAAAUGGUGCAACAUCUAAGGAAGCCCAGGACUCUGCAAAAGCACCACCAGAAAAAGACAGCUUGAGUCCAGGGAUGUCAGAGGAGUUCAGCAGGAAGAUGCAACAGUGGGAAGAAAGGUGGCAGAAACCAGAGAUAGCAGAUAUAAGAGAUGCAAGCAGCGCCAUUCCACCAUCGGAGCAGGCCGAGGAUAGCAGCACCGUAGCCCAGACUGCAGACACGCCGCCACCCAACCUUCACCUCACGCCUGAUAAUGUCACCGAGGAUGUAACAACUCAGCAGGAAAAAUCUGAGGCAGAAGUAGAAGCCACCCCAGGAGAUAGCAGCACAUCCACGUCUGCCACCACCACCCCCAGCAGCACCCCUCACGGCUCCAUCAGGGACUACAUGAUGAACCUGGAGGACAUGAAGAAGAGCUUCGGUAGUUCUUAUGCCAAAAAGCUGCAAGACUGGGAGAGGAAGAGGCUGACGAACGUGUCCCCGGCAGCAAGUCCAGAGUUGGUCAGGAAACAGAAGAAGGAAAGAACAAAAGAAGAGAAGGAAAGAGCCAAGCUGGAAAAGGAGAGGCUGAAAUUUGAGAAAGAAAAGAUGAAGAUUGAGAAGGAGAGAGAGAAGGAGAAGCAGAGGAUUGAACGAGAGAAAGAAAAGGAAUUACUGAAAAUGGAAAGAGAACUGCAGAAAUUUGGAAGAGAGAAGGAGAGGACAAGGUUUGAGAGACUGUUUCGUUCUGAGAAGACGACCAAGUGGCAGUUUAUUCACCCGCGGCACCAGAGUGCUACAAACACUUCCAACCUCCCAGAUGUUUCCCUUGGCUUAACCUCCAGAGGGGAGAGUUCAUCUGAUACAACAGCCAGCAGUCCUGAAAUAUCACAACUAAGAAGAGGGAGUGAUGACAGCACUGGGAAAAGCUCACCUAAGAUCCAUUGGAGGCGGCUUAGAGAUGCAGUUUUGCGUAGGGAAUAUAAGUCGAAAAAGAUGUCACCUGGUUUGCUGGGACUGGAGUUAUGCCAGCCAAUACCAUUGGAUCUUACAUCUGUGUACAAUACUCCAGGUUCACCUCAACUUGGUCAAAGGACCCAUAGUUUCAGUGAUGAUGACCAGAGUGUGGAUGUCCACGAGAGGCUGUCCCGAGCCCUGCAGCACAACAUGGAGCUGUGCAUGGAGCUGCGCAGGAAGAACCAGCAGCUGGAGGUCGCGAGGCACGACAUGGAGAGUCUCCACGGCCGACUGAAGAUCAUGAGAGAGGAACACAGCACACAGCUGGAACACUACAGGAAGGCCCUAGAGAACAGUAACCUGGGAGGGACCAUCUCAGGACCAACCCUGAAUGAGUCCUGUCUACAGUCAGCCAUAACCGACCUCAAGAUCCACCUAGAACAGCUGGAGCUGUACACAGAGAGGCUACAGACAGAGAAGGGGGUGCUAGAGGCCAGCAUGCUGCAGAAUGAGGCCCAGUACCAGCAGGCCACAGCCAUGCUGCAGGAGGAGAUCCAGAGCCUGCGGCUGCAGAACUUCAGCCUGGCCUCCGACAAAAUCAAGCAAGGUGGAGCUGUGGCUUCAGACAUCCUGCUGCAGCUGAAGGGUGCGGAGGAUCUGGAGAAGGUGCAUGAGUUUGUUCUGGAGCUGCAGACCAAGCUGGACCAGAUGCAGCUGGCCCUGCUCCACCGGGACAGGGUCAUCAGUCAGAUGGAGUGGCGGCUGGUGCAGCGCGAGGCGGCCAUGGCCAUCCUGCGGGCGGAGAGGGACCGGCAGAACGUGGAGCUCAGCUUCCUGAGGAAGGCACACCGCGCUGGGCAGAUCAAAAGGUGUAACAGCUACGGCGGACUGGAGUUCCCUCUCAGUGUUGAGAAUAUAAAGCCCUCAACAUCACCACCAUGUCACGCCAGCGCCAGUUUGGAGGGUAAUUAUACUUCCAAAAAUAAGAGCACUCAGACUUAUGAUAGCCUGGACGGAGGGAAUGUGUUUGGCUCUGAGAAGAGCCACUCCACUCUGGGUAGUCUUGGAGGAGGGAGUGACUCCAGUUGUGAGAAGGGCUACUUCAGUUCAACUUCUACUCCCAGCCCUGACUUCACUAGAGGUUUCCACCUUUCACCCAUAGGUCAAGACACUGUGUACUCGGCCGAUGAGACAGCCACCAGCACCCUGGACACUACUUACACCACCAGCACCAUGGACACCACCUACACCACUAGCACCCUGGAAUCAACCUACACCACCAGUACCUUGGAAUCAACCUGCACAUCCAGCACAACAACUCUCACUGCAGACAGCACUAUGGAAAGACAUGCAGUGAUGCCUGAUGAACAAUUGGAACUACAGCCUUCAACAAUAGUAGGAGGCAAUAUAUCGUCAUCACAUGUACAAGACACAAGUCUGCUGUCCGAAAUCCUGGCAGCUAUUCCCUCAAAGGAGAAGUCUUCAGUCUCCGAAUAUACAUCAACGUCGGCUGGAUUAGCAACAGCUCACACUGAUGAUAAGGAUACAACAGAAUUAGUCUUGGAUUUUAAAGAUGACACUCAGGAUGCUGGUGAGAAAUUGGAAUCAGCUACAUGUGAAACCACAUCAGCAGCACAAGACAGUCUUCUGUCUGCCAUUAAGCUCAUUGAGGAAACACAGGAGAUGUUGUCCAUCGACCCAGAACACAGUACAGUGACCACAGGACCUCGCUCUCCACCGGUAGUUACAGUGGAAACAAAGUUCAGCACCUUCACACGCACCAGUCCCUCUAGUGAAGGGAACAUCGCUACCAAACACUCAGAAGCUGACUCCACUUUGCAAGACAACCUCAAUGUAAAGCUUCAAAUGGACAAGGGAGCACCAAGUGGGGUAGAAGAUGAACAAGAAGUGUUGCAUGACAAAAAAGCACAUGAAAUGUGCCCUGUAGUUUUGGAUACAGAAGCAGGUGGGGACGGAAGUGACUCACAGGAUUCAGACCUUGCCACGGAUUUCUCCCACCUCUCCUCCAAGCACUUUCUUGGACCUCAGGGACUGAGUCAAAAUGACAAACAAGAGGAGGAUGGUGACAGUCCUGUCCUGGAUUCAUCAGAAACAGCACAGGAGGAAUCAGAGAAACAACAUUAUCCUGAUACUGGAGUAUCUGGUAGUUCAUUAGAAGGAAGGAAAACAUCUUCUGAUGAGUUAAGUUCCUCAGGGGAACACUCGGUAGGCACCGUUGUAGAACGGAAUCUUCACAUCUCCGAAGAUUCUGACAAUGGUGAUACCACAGGACACCCUGACAACACAACGCCAUCGCCUGAUAGUACGGCUCAAAGUACUGACUCCCAGAAAGAGUCCUCUGAUGACCCCGGUACUACAGCUGCAGAUGCAGAAAGUGUUGAGAAGACAACUGACGUUUGUAGCAAAUUAGAUGCUAAAAGUCAAAACACUUCACCGAAAGAGAAGGGAAAGAGCUUGGGAACGCCCCCAAGUGGUUCUGUAAAGCCAUACAACACAGUUGUCAUGAAACCAGAGUUUCCUAAGUUCAACUCACCAACUUUCAAGGUCACCCCAGUAGUGUUGCAUUCAGAGCCUAAACCAGUCACAGAGCAGACCCUGUCUCCAACAAAUGAACCACCCCCUCCUGCUUCUGUAUCCAGUCCAAAGGAACUGACUGGUACAGCUGAAAGUCAGUCUUCUGUAGGAGAGGACAAGGAUCCAACGUUUGAAGAAAUAAUUCAAGAGUUUACUGAGUACAACAUGGCCAUGAUGGAAGAGAAAAAAGAGGAAAUUAAGGAAAAGGAACAAAAAGACUCUGUUGAGUCGUCAUCAGAAAGUGUGAGACAUGACAUGGAACAAGACACGGCUCAGAAAAAAAUGGCCAGUGAAAAACUUGCAGAGGUUGAAGCUGUAAGUCCAGAAACAACUUCUCGUGGCAAGGAAGAGGUGAAAAUGGAAGUGAAGGUCACAGAUGAUAGUAAGGGAAGUGUGGCUCCUUCUGUGCCCUUCAUCAGAGUUUAUGUGCGGGAUAACCCAGAAGCUGACCAAGUCAAGGCUCCAUUUGGACCAGCCUUUGUACCGAAGGCUGACAAUGGAAAAGGAAAUGGUAAGAGAAAGGCAGAAAAGUCUGUAGCAAGAAGUGAAGUGCAAGGAGAGCAGACAAGAAAGAUGAACACUCGAGAGCCCAAGAGAAAGGUUGGACAGUCUGGUUCAAACAAGAUUCGGCUGCUGCAGAGGCAGCUGUCAGAAUCAGCGGUCCUGUCAGGGGCCCAGAGUGAUUCUGCGAUUGAUUACGAGUGGAAGAACCGCAGAGGAACGUCACUGAAAGAGAAGAAGCUGGCCAACCAAGGCCAGGUCAAGAACCUCAGUAUGGCCUUUAGCAGUGGAAACUUGAUCCAAGAGAAAAGGAAGGGGCAGACCAAAUCUAGUGUCGUAAGGCAUACAGAAAAAGUAAGUGAGAACAUUCGACUGUUUCAGACAAAGAACGACCCUUCAACAGGCUCCAGGCAGAGAAAGGUGGAGUUCGCACCCUUAGUAGAGUUUUCACACAUACGGAGUAUCUCAGAAAGCGAGCAGUGUAUUAGCCAACAUAAUGGAGAGAAUAGGGACCAUGAGAAGGAUCGAUCAUCAACGUUUCCUAGAAGAGAGGUCAGUGUAAAAGCCACCAAUAAAAAGCUAUCCCGCGUAAUUCCAGAGGAAAGAAGUUCAGAAAGCAGUAUAGACAGUAUGGACAGCAGCAAUUCCAACCCAAGACGGAAUGGCUUAAAGGGUACGAGAGGAUUGAGAAAAGGACUGUCAGCUUCAAAGGAACAUUUGGCGAACAUUGCCAGUGCGCUCAGUGGCAUUGCCCAACAAACCAUCCUCUCCUCAACAAAGAAGAAGAACGCUGGGACGGAAGCAGCAAAGGCUGAUGGGAACAACUCUGUUGCAGAAGCUGACCUGCAGCGUAGGUUGAACCCACGAGCGAAGAGAACGGUGCAGGAGGUUUCCCAGACGGUUGCUCGUCAGCACGCCUCCCACUCGCCCCAGCUCGGCAGGAGGUUCGACUCCUCCACUGGCCCCCCAGCCUCCUCCAUCGAGCAAGCUCGCUGCAUCGCGGAAGGGAAGGUCGAUGUUGUGCCGCUGUCCAGCAAAGAGGACGACAAGAAAUUACAUGGAAACAAUAUCGUCAGAGUGUCCAAAUGCUGAGAGCAUGGCAAACCCUUCCCUGAUGCAGCAGGAAGACUUGCAGAGAUGUAACUAUUACUAUUAGGGAACUCAGCUAACUUUGCAAUCAUGGUGGAAAAUUUGUGUGAUGACCUUUGACAACCAACCACAGUAUUAUUGAGUCAAGUUGCCAACAUGUUGCCAGCAGCUGGUGCUACUUACAUUGUAUAAUUGACUGACACGAUUUACACUAUCACAUAUUUCUGAUUAUACUAAAGUCAUUACUUUAUGUUUGUACCAGGGUGAACCUCCUACGUGUUUCUUAAGUGUUGAGGCUAUUAUCAGUAUUUGAAUUGUAUGAAACAAUCCCUGAUUGAAGUUCUGUAGUUUAACCAUCACCCAUGAUGUAAACUUGCCUUAGUCAAUACCAGAAGUUAGUAAGGACAGGGUUAGAAUGACAUGCAGCUCGGCAGAUGUGAAAAAAGCCACAUUAUAGCGUGUCAGUCAAAGACGCUUACAUUACAUGUAGGUGUUAAGUUUUAGACGGUGUCAGUUAGGACAGGGUCUUGACUUGAACCUGUGUGGAAUUCAGUAUUAUGUUGUGAACAUCCCUUUUUACAGCCUAAAAAAUGAAACAGUACAAAACUGUUGGAGCUGGUACAAAACAGCUGAAGAUUUAAAGUGAGUGUCUCACUGGACUUCAGUACUUUGGUGGCAGCACUGCAUUCUGUUUUCUGUUACCCAUAACUUUAUCAUCAAAGUAUGACUUAAAAGACAGCAAGACACAAAUGAUGAAAAGAUUUGUUUUUUAUUGAUGAUUCUGUCACAUUGCCAACCUGCCACAAUAAAUGAGAUAGCCACUUGAGUGACAGUAGGAAGAGAAUUGUUGUCAACCUGUCUAGCUCGUACUUGCCUGGUUACCCCUGAAACAAUGGUUACUUGCAGUGUCCUGAAAACUAGAAUUGAUCAUUUGGUGUAAUGCAGCCAUGUAAGUCACUUCACAACUACUGAUGCUUCAGGGGCAACAUGACAAGAAUGGACUAGGAAGAACGCAUAAGCCAUAUGAAUUAACAAGAAAUGGAAACAAAGAAGAGAUCAGAUGUUGAGGGUUGCAGUUGAAAUACAGAAAAUCUCAGAAAUUUUUAGAAAAUCUCCAGAAAUAUAUUUUGAACUUCAUACAUGUUAUACUAGUAUACAGUCCUUUUAUGAACAGAUGGAGACAAUUGUAACUUAUAAGUCGCAUGAGAAAUGCAUGAAGCAGUCAAAGAAAUGACCAGUGGACCUAGAGGACAUGAUUUAGUUGAGGUUGUAACCUAAUGUAUAUGUCUAUGAAAUCAUAUACCACUUUUCACAACAUAUUCUGGCUAUGUAGGUGUUCUUUGGAAGCAUUGUGUUUCAUUACUAAUAAUUUUGGAAUAUGUAAAUCAUUGCUAUGACUGUGCCAAGUUAAUUAAAUUUCUUUCAAUUUGUAUAGAUGUAUAGACAGCUGCACUGAAUAGAUAUUCUUUUAUUUGAUAGAUGAUGAGCAUUAGCUUGAUGUGUAGAAACUUAAGUAUGAAUUUUGGUUCAUUGCCAUUGUAAGUGGUAACAUUAAGUUAGUCAUUUUUGUUUCUGUCAUUGUAGGGACAAUGUAUAUUUAAGGAAUGUAGACUUGAAUUUGUGUCAUGAAAAUUAAGAUGUUAGAAGAUCCUUUAUGUAUAAACUGACAUUGGAAAAGUGCCAAAUGCAAAGAGAAUACCAUAUUAUGAUUAUUUUCUAGUGUAACAUCAAUAAAAUGUAGAGGUCUUCACACUGGA